UUGUUAUGUUUGCUACUUUUUUAAGUGUUAUGUUUUUUGCUUCUUUUGGAGUUAUGCUUACUAUUUUUUCAAAUGUUAUAUCUGCUGCCUCUUUGAAUAUUAUAUUUUCUACUUCUCUAGACUUUAUAUCUGUUAUCUCUUCAAAUUUCAAGCCUGUAUCUUUGGCUUUUGUAAAUGCUACUUCUUUAGUUAUUACAUUAACUUUAAAUCUUUUGCCAAAUAAAAAGUAA